CACGAAAGGACUAUCCAAAAAAAUCCGAUAAUACCCCGUGCAACGACAAAUACAAAACCAAACAAACAAAAAGCAAAAUGGCAAGCCAUAAAGUUGUUUUCGGUGUCUUGUGUCUGGCCGCCCUGAGCGCCGCCCUUCCUGCCGAGGAGACCCGCGGCCAUGCCCGCAACGCCAUCGGCGGCGAGAACGACAUUAUGGAUAGCAUCUACAGCGACUGCCUGCGCAAGGACUCCGUCUCGUGCGUCAAGUACAAGCUGUUCAGCUUCGUGGACAAGGUGCUCGGCGCCCGCGACCAGUUCGCCCUGACCGAGGGUGUCACCGUGGUCCGCUCCCCGGACGCUCCCCAGCAGGAGGCCGCCCGUUCCAUUUCCGGUGACGAAUCGUUCGAGUCCCUGGCCCUGAACCGCAUCAGCAGCUUCCUCAACUCGCACACCAUCAAGGUUGAGCUGAAGGGCGCCGAUAUCGUGCAGGCGGUCAGCUCCACCGGCCGUGCUCUGGAGGAUGCCUCCGAGUCGCUGUUCGGCUCCAACGAUCCCAACGCCCCCGAGGAGAGCCGUGGCAAGAAGAAGAAGGCCGCCAAGAUUCUGGGACCCAUCCUCGCCCUGGUCGCCCUGAAGGCCGCCGCCCUGCUGCCCCUGCUGUUGGGCGCCAUCGCUCUGAUCGCCGGCAAGGCUCUGCUCAUUGGUAAGAUCGCCCUGGUGCUGUCCGCCGUGAUCGGCCUGAAGAAGCUGCUGUCGCAGGAGAAGCACGUGACCUACGAAGUGGUUGCCCAUCCCCAUCACAGCAGCAGCCACUCGACGAGCCACGACUCUUACGGCAGCGGCUACAGCGCCGAUGCUGGUGCCUCGUCGGGAUCGUACGGCAGCAGCGGCCACGGAGGCUGGGGACGCUCUAUCGAUGCCCAGGAUCUGGCCUACGGUGCCCAGAAGCCCGCCCAGGCUUAAGUCACAGGAUCAACACACAAAUAACUCAAGAAGAACCUGAACACAUCACCAGAAUCACGAACACAAAGGACUUGAGCCUUGGGGCUCGCCUGAGACUCGCGAAGAGAAGCACAUUAUUUAUCGUUCGUUUUAAUUAAUUUAUUAAUUUAAUUUAUUUUAUUUAUUUCUCCAAGCAAUGAAAACGAAAUGAGUGAAGACACACGCACACGAUAAUGUUAAAGCAGACAGAAUCAAGAAUCAUAACUCUAUAUUAGUUGUUAAAACUGAUGAAGCUAACGUUAAGUUUGUAAAAAGAGCAGCCAGCGAGAGUUACCCCACAAGUUGCAAAUACUCAGCCUUAAGUCUAAGCUCGCACAGCACUGCCCCGAUCCAUCAAUCAAUCGACCCAUCACACACUGUAUCUAUAUUUAAUGCUCUAUCAUCUCCCUAUCGCUCCAUCUACGUCUCCAUCUGUAUCUGUAUCUGUCUCUGUAUCUACCACUACUCUGUCCACUGCCUAUACCAAAACUCAGCCGACUGCCAUGCAAUCGGCGCAACGUACAAAUCUUAACUCUACAAGUCUAUAUCUGUACUCUAUACUCUAACUGCUCAACUAUGUUCUUCACAUGCAAUUCUAGUCUUACAAUACAACAACAACACCAGCAAGCAUGCCUACUAUUAGCUUUAACUCCACUAGCUCUAACUCUAUCCUUUCUGCCUCUCUGCCGCUGCAUAUCUUCCUGCUAUCCUUCAGCUAUCCUUCAUGGCUUCCCAGUCUUCCAGUCUCACAUCUGAGUCGCAGUCUUGGUCAUUCGCAUGCCAUCACUUGCCAUAGGUUUUCAAAAAGACACACACGCCACACCAAACUGAACUCAUUUUCCGACUACUUCUGCUAUUUCCUCACUCGACACUCGACUUCCACUUCGACUCUUCAACUUUCUCAUUUCUCCGGGGCUCCGUGCCUCCGGACCUCCAUCCCGCUAUCUAGUAUCUACUGUCUCUUUUCGACGCCUCACUGCUGCCUCUGCCUCUGCAUCUGUCACUUUCUAGCGCUCUACUUUCCCGACACCGCAGACGAAGCCGAAAAAACACACUAGCACACACACACCUAGUUCAUUUUAUUGUUAAAAAUAUUUUUUUGAAUAUUUUAAACUGCUUACUUAAUCGUACUUUAUGCAUCCGCGCGACUCGACCCCCUUGCCGGCCGGUCUAUGGUGUCCGGCUCUCCUGCUCCGUGGACCUAAACAGAUUUUUAAUGUUUCACUUAAAAAUACCUUGUUUAUGACAUCUGGAGAGCCCUCUGGCCAAUGGAUCCCGCAAGACUCGAGUCGCCAGCACGUCGUCUACUUUAAUUUAAAUAUUUUAAGCAAAGUCGUACGGCGCUUUCACAACUAUGACUCCAGCAACAGUAGUAAGAUGAUGACGAUGAAGAAGAAGCGUAGAAGCUGCAGAUGUGGGCUCACACUCAUGAUAACUAAAAACAAAUCACAAAACUCACUCACAAAAGAAUGUAAAUUCCAUAGACUACAAUACUCCCUCUCUGUCACACACGCAUGUCAUUAUAAAAAAAAAUGAAGAAAAUCAAUAUACAAAAAAAAAAGUUGAAAAAAAAACACAAGCAAGGAAGAUUAAUAAAUAAAAAAUCAAUGAAA